ACUUCUGCUGAGCAGAUGUGUAGGCCAGCCCUGCAGCAGCUCAUUAGCAUAGAUUUGUUUUGGAGACAGCUCUUCGUCUGUGGGCAGGAGGGUCUGUGGAUAGGAGGGCCGAGGCCUGGGCCGGGGGCUGUCGCCAGGAAGGUGGAGCUGCCUGGCAGAGGCAGGCAGGCCUUCUGGGCAUGGGCUUGGCCCGGCGUGUCCGCUCCCUGGACAGUUGGUUCAUGCUGUGCCAGCGCUGACGGAAGGAAGGAAGCCACCCUGCGGGCUCUAAAGGCCACGGGCACAAUGCUCUGGGUCCUGGUGGGAGCCGUCCUCCCUGCCAUGCUGCUGGCCGCUCCACCGCCCAUCAACAAGCUGGCCCUGUUCCCGGACAAGAGUGCCUGGUGCGAGGCCAAAAACAUCACCCAGAUCGUGGGCCACAGCGGUUGUGAGGCCAAGUCCAUCCAGAACAGGGCGUGCCUGGGACAGUGCUUCAGCUACAGCGUCCCCAACACCUUCCCACAGUCGACGGAGUCCCUGGUGCACUGUGACUCCUGCAUGCCGGCCCAGUCCAUGUGGGAGAUCGUGACCUUGGAGUGCCCCGGCCACGAGGAGGUGCCCAGGGUGGACAAGCUGGUGGAGAAGAUCCUGCACUGCAGCUGCCAGGCGUGCGGCAAGGAGCCCAGCCACGAGGGGCUGAGUGUGUACGUUCAGGGCGAGGACGCGCCGGGCCCCCCACCGGGCGCCCACCCCCACCCCCACCCCCACCCCGGCGGGCAGACCCCUGAGCCCGAGGAUCCCCCCGGGGCCCCCCACGCCGAGGAAGAGGGGGCUGAGGACUGAGGCCCCAGCUCGUCCUCCCCUCCGGCCCCUGUGGAAUGUGGGGUCUCACCCUCCGGGGGAGGAGUCGGGGAGAGGCUGAAGCCCCCCGCUGGCGCUGGAUGGACUUGGACUCAGACUCGGACUUGGAAUGCUUUCCGGUUGCCAUGGAGAUCUGCAGGGAGGGGCUGGAGCAAGCUGCACAAUUUAAUAUAUUCACGAGUGGGGGAGGAAGCAGAGGUCUUCAGGGUUCUUUCUCCAAGGGGAGUCUCUUCGUGUCUGCCUCCUAGAGAUGCGCCCUUGGGAGGGGGAGGAAGUUGGCUAAGCUGCUGGGGGGGGAGGGUGAGGCCAUCCAAGAUGGUGGGAGCUGGGCCAAGGCCCACACAGCCCAUGGCGGGGCAGGGCCCCUGGGGGUGCAGAUGGUGGCCCUGGGGGCUGAGCUGAGGGUGGGCAACUGGCCAGCAGCAGCCCUGAGGGAGGGGCUGGGUCCCGGCUAGGAAGACCAUGGCAGAAGCAGGAAGCUCUAGCCCCGCAGGCUUCCCUAAGGGCCUCCCAUCCCCAGGGUGGCUUCUCCCCAUUGGCACCGCGGUGGCCCUCCCCUCGCUGGCGGGGUUGGGAGUCAGGCCUGGGCAGGACCCUGCUGACUCAUGGCCCCGGGGCCGGGAGCCAGGCUCUCUGGGCCUAUCUGGUUCCUUGGCUUUCCAGGGGGUGGAGGGAGGCAAGGGAGGAACUUUCCUGGACCAGGGGGAGGGGAAGACUCCCGAGACCAUCACCGAAGAAGAGCAUCGGUCCCCACUCCCUCCCUGAGAUCUUAGUGCCUCCCACUGCCCCCCAAGCUCUAGGCCCCUCAGAAAGCUGAUGGAGCCAGCCUUACCCUCCUGGGGAGCCCUCUCUAAAUAUCUGACAGUGGGGAGGUUCCAAGACCCAGAGGUUCCAAGGAGAGACCUGGUGGGAUGGACUCUGGCUGAGCCCCAAGAACCGAGGAGGAAGUGAGGGGCGAGGGCUCACGUGGGCAGCCAGUGUCCCACCCCCCACCUCCCUCCCAGCUGCACUUUAACCCUCGAGGGGGGGUGGGGGCCAGGGGGCGGGAAGGGCAGGCAGGCAGUGAGGAACUCCCCUCCAUGCCCAGCUCUGCCUGCCAGCCCUGCCUGCCCCCUGCCUGGGGGUGCCCGGCCGGCGGCAGUUCCGACGAGAGCUUCUGGAGCUUGCAACCAGUAGAUUGUCUCCUGACGGACCCGAGUUUUCUCAUGAAUAAAUUCGUUCAAUGCCUA